AACGAGGCGGUCUGAUUGGUUCGGAAAGAAAAUGAAGUGUAAACUGAUUCGCUGGCCAAACGAAAACGUUCUAAAUGGCGGAUCUUUAUGUUGCUUCAAGAGCCAAAGAGGUGUUUCUUUACAUUAAAUGUGAAAUAAGCGUUUAAUUUCCGUCGUACGGGCUGAAAAAAUGGCGACGUUAGUUCUGGAUAACGGAGCCUACACGGCAAAGAUCGGCUACUGUCAGGACAAAGUCAGCGUCAUCCCAAACUGUCAGUUCCGCUCCAAGACUUCCAGACUGAAAACCUUCACUGCAAACCAGCUGGAUGAGAUCAAAGACCCCUCAGGGCUCUUCUACAUCCUCCCAUUCCAGAAGGGCUACCUGGUGAACUGGGACGUCCAGAGGAAAGUGUGGGACCACCUGUUUGGAAAAGAGAUGUUUAAGGUGCUGGAGCUUUUCAAUGCCGUGCGCGCUCUUUGCUGCUCCGCCCGCCAGCGGCUGACUGUCUUCUCUGCUCAGGUGGAGUUUGCGGACACCAGCAUCGUCAUCACAGAGCCCUACUUUAACUUCACCUCCAUCCAGGAGUCCAUGAACGAGAUCCUGUUCGAGGAGUACCAGUUCCAGUCGGCUCUGAGGAUCAACGCCGGCGCCCUCGCCGCCCAUCACUACUUCCACUCCAAGCCGUCGGAGCUCUGCUGCCUGGUGGUGGACUCGGGCUUCUCCUUCACCCACAUCGUCCCCUACUGCCGCAGCAAGAAGCUGAAGGAGGGCAUCCGCAGGAUCAAUGUUGGAGGGAAGCUGCUGACCAAUCACCUGAAGGAGAUCAUCUCAUACCGCCAGCUGCAUGUAAUGGAUGAGACUCAUGUGAUCAACCAGGUGAAGGAGGACGUCUGCUACGUGUCGCAGCACUUCUACAAGGACAUGGAGAUGGCUCAGAUGAAGGGGGAGGAGAACUCUCUGAUGAGGGAUUACGUUCUUCCAGAUUUCAGCUCCAUCAAAAAAGGCUUCUGCAAGCCGCGAGAGGAGAUGGUGUUCAGCGGGAAGUACAAGACGGGCGAGCAGAUCCUCCGGCUGGCCAACGAGCGCUUCGCCGUGCCCGAGAUGCUCUUCCACCCGUCGGACAUCGGCAUCCAGGAGAUGGGCAUCCCCGAGGCCAUCGUGCACUCGGUGCAGUCCCUGCCGGACGAGAUGCAGCCGCACUUCUACCAGAACAUCGUCCUGACUGGAGGCAACACGCUGUUUCCCGGCUUCAGAGAGCGGCUGGAGGCGGAGCUGCGCUCGCUCGUCCCCGCCCACCUCCCCGUGGCCGUGCUUCUUCCUCCCAACCCAGUCUGCUAUUCGUGGGAGGGAGGGAAGCUGCUGGCUCGCAGUCCUGAUUACGACGAGAUGGUCGUGACCCGGGAGGACUAUGAAGAGAACGGACACUGUAUCUGCGAGGAAAAGUUUGACAUCUAACCUUUGUUCUGGUGGUCUGCUCUGACCGGCAGCAGAGAGAGGCUUCAAGUCCAGGAUAAACAUGCUUUUUUUUAGGUUUUUUAAACGUUUUCUGGCUAAAAAUCAUGUAAAUAGACUUACAAUUCUGUUCAAAGCCAUUAAAUUAGGCCAGUUUUUGAAGAUUUCUCAUUUGAGAGCCACUUUCUGGAUUAAAGAAGUUCAUUGAUGGCAUUCAGAGGAUUUUCUGUGUGUUUCUGGGUUUUUAUUUAUCAGAAAAACUAAAGGAAACUUUGAUUUGUUCCUCUGCUGCCGGUGGGAUUGAACACAUUCAGGCCUGAGAGCAGUGAUUGAACAGGACGGUUUGGGCCUUUAUUCCAUCAGAACAAUCACAAGUUCUGCAGCAUAAUUAUCAACAAUCAGUUCCAAAGUAUAAAAAAAGGGAUUUGGCUCAAACUGAUCAGUCUUCAUUGGUUUCUGUAAAAUAGUCGGUGAUUAGCAGCAUUUGUUCUCAUUAAAGAGGAGGCUGCGGCUUCAUCUGCCGCCCCCCCCCUGCUGAUCUGGGGGCAGCGCCGUGAGCCCGUCCACGUCCAGCUCCACAGAGUGCACGCUGAAGUCUCCCAGGCCCUGAAACGAACAGGUGCAUUAUGGGACGUGGUCAGGGGCUCGUCCCUCUUCCAACCAAUGUUUGAGACUAAACUGAGCUUCACUCAUCAGUCGGAGGAACGGAGGCAGUUUAAGGCCAAAGGUGAGAUGUUUAGGGGUUAUAUGAGAGGAAAACAACAUUUAGCUGUAGCAUUUAAGUUUUAAACAGAAGUUUGAAGCAUUUCUGAAAAGAAAAAGGUUUCCUUGUUUUGCUUUUCUGGGAGUUACCGGUGUGCCCCUGAGGGCCUGCAGCACCGCGUCCCGUUGCCGGGGCUCCC